CGCUGUCACAUGACCACAUCUUCGGCCGGGUACUUCCUGUACCUAGAUUUCUUCUCCCCUUCUGGUGAAAAUAACGGUUCUCUUCUGCUUUUGGGCGACGUAACGCAUCCAGGAAUCUGAUACGGAUAUAAAACCCACUCCUAUCGACCCGGGGUGGUGUAACUUGACGCGUUUUCCACCUGUUUGUUGUGUGAGGAUGUUCUCCGGAGAGGGGCGGGUGGACUGUUGACUGUACAAGCCGACAUCCUUUCGUUUUCAGAGGCAAACGCAGUAUUUGACAAGCUACAAAGGAGCUCCAUUUCCAUUCUAGAAGCCACCUAGUAUUUAGAAAAAGUGGUGGCAGCUUCAUAUUAGCGGCGUUUUACUCCAAACAACGACAGCUUCAUUCUAAUGUCAAAAUAUACCAGCUUUCCAGAGCCCAUGGAUGACCACAACCCGUUCCAGGACCCUGCCGUGACCCAGCACAGCAGCAACACAGGAUACGCCACACUGGACCUGUACAACCCAUUUGAUAACACCACCGGGCCUCCGCCUCCAUAUGAAGCCACCUCUCCGUCAGCCCCACCUGUGCCUGCUCAGACUCCACCCAGCAGGACAACGCCCACUGAACCUCGCAACUAUGGCUCCUACAACACUCAGACUGCUGUGAAUGCCACCACAGCAGAGCUCCUGAAGAAGCAGGAGGAGCUGGAGAAGAAGGCCCGGGAGCUGGAGAGGAGAGAACGGGAGCUGGAGUCACAUAGCCUCGGACCUGGAGCCUCUCGCCAGAAUAACUGGCCUCCGCUGCCGUCAUUCUGUCCUGUGGGCCCCUGCUUCUACCAGGACAUCAAUGUGGAGAUCAGCCAGCGUUUCCAGCGCACUGUCACCUUUAUGUAUUACUUCUGGAUGUUCUGUACUUGCAACCUGUUCCUCAACCUGAUCUCCUCGCUGGCCCGGUUUUGUGUGGAUCCCUCUGGUGGAGUUGGUCUGGGCCUCGCUAUCCUCUGGGCUCUCCUCUUCACCCCCUGCUCCUUUGUCUGUUGGUACCGACCUGUAUACAAAGCCUUCAGGAGUGACAGCUCCUUCAACUUCUUCGUCUUCUUCUUUGUGUUUUUUGCCCAAGCGGUCGUCUUUGUGAUCAUGACCAUCGGUAUCCCUGGAUGGGGUUUCAGUGGAUGGAUUGUGAGUCUGGCUGCUCUGAAGACCAGUGUCCCCGUUGGUGCCAUUAUGAUGAUAAAUGCCAUCCUCUUCACCGCUCAAACUGCCAUGGGGAUUUUCAUGCUAAAGAAGGUCCACAAUUUGUACAGGCAGACCGAUGCCAGCUUUCAGAAGGCCCAGGCGGAGUUCGCCACCGGAGUCAUGUCCAAUCAGGCUGUGCGCCAGGCCGCUGCCAACGCCGCCUCCAGCGCUGCCUCCAACGCUGCCCAGGGGGCCUUCACCGCACCUCGAUAGAGUGCAACGAAACGGGUUGGGAGGGCAUGAAGUGUGGAGGAGGGGGCCCUUUCAUCCCGAUAAAGGAUCAGAUUGGUAUUUAUUUCCCCACUGGUGAUUAGUAUUUGCAGGUGUGAGCAAACUGAGUCUAUAUAAUUACCCCAAAUGAACUUCAGGUUAUGUGCAUGAGACAGAGGUGGGGGGGGGUCUGUUAUAUAGUAUGCGAAUGUGUACAGGACAAGUUAGCUAAAUUGCCAAACGGAGUCAACGUACCCUAAGUGUUGAUCCAAGGAGCAGGAAGAGAAUGGUAGCAAAGAUUUAUAUGGAAACCUUAAGAUGUUUAAACUGGCUUUGAGAAUCUAGCACAUUUGAAUGCAGGGAAAAUGUUUUUUUAUAUGGAAAAGUUGAGCUAUGUGCCAAGUUGAUCAUACUGGGUCAGUAUUAGCCUGGUUAUUUCCUUUUGUAAUGACUCACGUGGAUGUGCAAUGCUUUUGUGAGCAGGAUGUUUAAGUAUUUGGAUGGAGACAAUACUCACAGAUGUAAACACAGACAUGCCAUUCUAACUUUUGAUCCAUAAAGUAAAGACUUAACUUUAGCUAAGUGUUUUUUUUUCUUGUUUUUUUUUUUUUUUUUUUUUUUUUUUUUUUUUUUGCCAACUAACAAUUGUUUUGUUAAUAUUCCAAAUGAGAAUGCCUAUUAUUAUAUUGUACCUUAUUGCCAAAUCUUCUCAGACUGUAAGUGCUAAAAAUUCUGAACAUGUUUCGGUUAAUAUCUAUGUCACUGUUAUGUUGGUGUUGCUUGUGGUUAUCCUGAAAGGUCACUGUUUUGGUUUUAAUAAAAAUAUAUUGUCAUGCUCUCACA